UUCGCUUCCAAUCCCCCCCCCCCUCUCUCUCUGUUCUCUCACUCUCCACCGUCUCCGUCUUCCAUGGCUGAAAACCGCAACGGUAACGCCGGCCUCCUCCGCAAUCAACCUUCCACCCGCAAGGGUGGCUGGCACGCUGCCAUCUUCAUCAUCUGUGUGGAGUUCGCAGAUAGAUUCGCGUACUAUGGUCUGUCGGGGAACCUGGUUCAAUAUCUGACGGAAGUUCUUCACCAGUCCAUUACGACGGCGACGAAAAACGUCAACACUUUUAUCGGCGUUUCGUCUCUGUUCCCUCUGCUCGGUGGCUUCAUCGCCGACUCGUAUUUCGGUCGUUUCAACACCAUCGUUGUGUCGUCCAUCAUCUAUCUCGUGGGCAUGAUAUUGUUGACCCUGUCAGCUUCUGCACUGAAGAAUAAUUGGACUUCAUUUUCCGUUGCCCUUUAUAUACUGUCCGUCGGCGACGGUGGCCACAAGCCGUGUGUGCAAACUUUCGCCGCCAAUCAGUUCGACGAUGACUCGCCGGAACAAAAAAUUGCCAAGAACUCAUUUUUCAACUAUUGGUAUUUGGGAUUAGUGGCUGCAGGUUUAACUUCUUCCGUAGUAAUAUAUAUUGAGGACAACAUCGGAUGGGCUACGGGCCUAGCAAUCCUAGCCGCAACGGUGGCGGUGGCCUUAGUAUUGUUCUUGUUGGGUAUCAAAACGUACAGAAAAGACGGCCCAACAGGAAGCCCAUUCACAAGGAUGGCCCAAGUUUUCGUGGCUGCAAUUCGAAAGUGGCGCGUGAACACCACGCGUGAUCCUCACAGUUUCUGGUAUGGCGAGGAAGAGAACAAGGCGUCUCAGCCGAAGUCUUGUGCUUUAGCCCAUACUGAUCAAUUCAGAUUUCUCGACAAGGCCAUGAUCAUUGAUGAGUUGGAUGCUUCAAGCAAAACCACAAACCCAUGGAGACUAAGUUCAGUAACUCAAGUUGAAGAAGUCAAGCUAGUUCUUCGCCUUGUCCCUAUCUGGCUUUGUGGUUUAAUGUUCUUUGUGGUCCAAUCUCAGCUCCAUACAUUCAUAGUCAAGCAAGGCCAGACAAUGGUUCGUUCCAUCGGACCACACUUCCGAAUCCCACCGGCAUCGCUUCAAAGCAUUGUCGGAGUUAUGAUCGUCGCUGCCGUGCUGGUCUACGACCGAGUUUUCAUCCCCUUCGCCAGAAAAUUCACAGGACAUCCAUCUGGCAUCACAGUGUUACAGAGGAUCGGAGCAGGUUUGUUCGUGUCCAUAAUCAACAUGAUUGUUGGAGGUUUAUUAGAAGCCAAGAGGGUUAGUAUUGCUAGAGAGAAUCAUCUUCUGGACGAUCCAAAAGCUGAAUUACCAAUGAGCAUAUGGUGGAUGAUUCCUCAGUAUUUCAUCUUUGGUGUUUCUGAUGCACUGGCCGUUGUAGGGCUUCAACAACUGUUCUAUGAUGAAGUGGCAGAGACGAUGAGAAGUCUUGCAGCCGCGGCGUAUAUAAGCUUGUUAGGAUUUGGAACGCUUGCAAGUAACGUUGUUAUAACCGUUGUUGAAUAUAUCAGUUCAAGAAAUGGUGAGAAAUGGCUUGGGAGCAAUCUGAAUAGGGCACAUAUUGACUAUUUUUACUGGGUUUUGGCUGGACUGAGUGCUGUGAAUUUGUGUGUUUAUGUGCUGGUUGCUAGAAAUUUCGUGUACAAAGAGGUUGAUGAUGAAGUGGUUGAUCCUAGCAUCAACACUAAUCACAAUCAAGUGUAGCACAGAAGAUCAGGAAAAGAGACCAGUGUGCAUGGAUGGUAAGUGAAAUAAAAGUUUCUUAAUUAGCAGAUAUAUAUGUUGUGAUAAUUAGGCCUUCCUAUAUACAUAUAUAUAUAUAUAUAUAUAUCUAUCUAUCUUUUCAGCUUAUGAUUUCCAAUGGGUAGAGAUAAUGGAACCAGUCAAAGGUUUGUGAGAUUUUCAUUUUGUGAGAUAUGAUUGAGUGGUUAGU